CUUUCUUUCCCAUCAGCCUCUCAGGGCCUCUGCCCAGUGACACCCCCUUACAUUUACUUCUUGUCAGUUCUGUAUUCAACAAUAUCAUGCUGAAUCUGCGUUCGAAGCUCACUGCCCUCGUCACUGACAUUGCAAGGCUUUGGUUGAUUAAACAGGCUCACCCUUCUCACUGAAAUGGUGUUAGGAGAUGGCAAUAUAUGUCUGAAAUGUUCUCCAGGGUUGACUGCCCACUCUGCCUGGAUUCUUUUCCUCUCAUCUUAGCUCCAGUGAUACUUUGAAGGUGCCGAUGCAAGAAUUCUUCAUGCUUCCCUGUGGCAGGACUGAUUCAGGAUUGUGCUGUUCUGGAUCAAAUUCCUGUCUGCUCUGCCCAGGCCUUUCUUCCUCAAGAGGGGAAGCAGCUUUUGAAGCAAUGGACCCUGAGAUGCAAAGGAUCAAGCUGGGAAAACCAGUGUCACCAGAGCCCAGAAGUGUGUCAAUGAGCAGUGAUCAUUCAAUGGAAAGACCAAUAACAUUUAGAAAUGAAGACUCUGACCCUAGCUGUACAGAGACAGGAAAUGUGGCCUGUUAUUUCUGCAAAAUGGAGAAAACUGCUUUGAACAAUUAUAUGGUACAUGUCCAUCAACUCCAUGCAGUGGCACCCUUGCAGAGAACCAGACAGGUGGAGAUUACUGAAAACCAGGAGCUUAGACUAUGUCAGCAGCACCACAGAACUCUGAUACUAUUCUUCAAGUCUAACCAGACUCUCGCCUGCAACCUAUCUUCAGAGCAAAAGCACAGGGGCCAUGAUAUAAACUUUUUAAAGACUGAACAUGGAUCGACACAGGAAAUGAAGAGAGCUGUGACUGAACAUAAAGGCAAAACUGAAGAUUUCUGUACAGGAGAAUUCCAGGAGAUGGGCAGCCAAGGGUGGCUGAACACACUGAGAAGAAAACACAAGGCAAAUCUAAGGAGGAAAUUUGAAUAUUUGUUUGAAGAAGUUGCUAAACCAGGAAAGCAUACUCUCCUAAGUGAUGGUUUCACACAUGUUAAGGUGUCUCAGGGCAUUUCUGCUGAGGUGAAUUAUGGACAUGAGAUCAGUCAGUUAGAGACCAUCUUCAAAAGCCCAAAGUCUCAAAUCCAAUCCAUCAGGUACAAUGAUAUUUUCAAGCCACUGGAGAAGGAAACCAAACCCAUCAGGACUGUACUGACAAAGGGAAUCGCCGGUAUUGGUAAAACAUUCUCAGUGCAAAGAUUCAUUGUUGACUGGGCUUCUCAAAAUGAGAAUCAGGACUUUGAUUUAAUAUUUUUACUUCCAUUCAUUGAAUUAAACUUGAUCAAAGCAGAAAUAAGUUUGUUGGGACUGCUUCAAUGUUUCUAUCCAGAGAUAAAAUCAUAUGAUAAUAUUUUGAUUUGUUGCAAAAUAUUGUUCAUCUUUGAUGGAUUGGACGAAAGCAGGUUUGCUUUGAACUUUGAAACAAACCAGAGGUUGUCUGAUGUGAAAAAGGAAGCAUCAGUGGACGUCCUGCUAACAAAUCUCAUACAGGGAAACUUUAAUGUUUAUGCCUUUAUCUGGAUAACUUCCAGACCAGCUACAGCAGGUUUAAUCCCUCUAGAGCACAUCAGCAGGGUGACAGAGGUCCAAGGAUUUGAAGAUCAACAGAAGGAAGAGUUCAUCAGAAAGAAAUGUAAAGAAAAAGUUAUUGCAGAGAAAAUUAUUUCACAUAUACAGAAACUCAGGAGUCUUUACAUUAUGUGUUAUGUCCCCGUUAUUUGUAGGAUUGUGGUUAGUGUUCUGGAGCACACAUUGAAAGAGAACAAUGAGGACAACAUGAAAAGUUUGACAGAUUUAUAUACAAACUUUCUUGUUGUUGCACUGACAGCAAAGAAAGAUAAAAAAAAUCAAGUUGAACACAUCUUGAGAUCAAAUCAAGAAGUACUUAUGAAGCUGGGAAAGCUAGCAUUUGAAAACCUGGAGAAAAGCAACAUGGUAUUCUAUGACAAAGAUCUGACAGAAUAUGGCAUUGAUCUCAACAACUCUUCACUUUCUUCAGGGCUGUGCAAGGAAAUAUUCAAACAAAAAUCGGUUUUGUUUCAGGAAAAGGUAUACUGCUUUUUACAUCUGACAGUCCAGGAAUAUUUUGCUGCUCUUUAUGUUUUUGGAUCCUUUCAAAAUAGCAAUAUUAACCUACUGAAGAAGACAUUUUGGAUUUUUUUUAAUUUUGGAACAACAUCCUUAUUCAGUCUGAACGAAGCAGCACUGCAAAGGGCCACUUUGAGCAGAAAUGGUCACCUUGACCUUUUUGUCCAAUUCCUCUUGGGAAUGGGAACCAAGAACAACCAGAAUAUUUUGAAAGGAUUCCUGUCAAAUACAGAAGAUCACUCCAACGACAUUCACAAAACAGCAGGAUACAUCAAGAAGCUCAUUAGAGAAAGUUUAUCUUGUGAAAAGUACAGGAACCUUUUCCAUUGUCUAAGUGAACUGAAAGAAGACUCAUUGAUGGAUGAGUUCAAUGUUACUCUGGUUAAAGGAAAACUUAGAGGACAAACACUCACACCUUCCCAGUGUUCAGCACUCACCUAUUACUCAUUGCUUUCUGAGAACGUGAUUGAUGACUUUGACAUGAGCCAGUAUGCUACAUCAGAGGAGUGCAUACAGAGAUUGUUACCGGUGGCAAACAUAUCAAAAACUCUAAGGAUGGAGAAUUUUACAUUAACGCAGAAAUGUUGUGACAAUCUGGCCUCUGCUCUUCAGUCACAACACUCCAAUUUGAGAAAAUUGUGUCUGCGUGACAACACAAUGGGUCAUUCAGAAGUGAAACUGCUGUGUGCAGCUCUGAGGAGUCCCCACUGUAAAUUAGAAACACUUAGGAUGUCAUGGUCUGGCCUAACAGAUAGAUGUUGUGAAGACCUGGCUUCUGUUCUUCAGUCACAAUACUCCAGUCUUAGAGAGCUCGAUCUGCCUCACAAUGAUCUAAAUGAUUUUGGAGUGAAACUGUUGUCUGCAGCUCUGUGUCAUCAAAACUGCAAAUUAGAAACACUGAGUAUGAAGGACUGUGGGCUAACAAAGAGAUGCAGUAUAUAUCUAAACUCUGCUCUUCUGUCACAACACUUCAAUCUGAGACAUCUGAAUCUGAGUUACAAUAACCUGUGGGAUUCAGGAGUUAAACUUUUGUCUGCAGCCCUGAUGGAUCCCAAGUGUAAAUUAGAAUCACUGAGGGUGUCAUGGUGUGUACUAACAGACAGAUGUUGUAUAUAUCUGGCUUCUGCUCUUCAGUCACAACACUCCUGUCUGAGGGAGCUAGAUCUGAGUUUCAAUAACUUGGGAGACUCAGGAGUGAAACUGCUGUCUACAGCUCUUAAAAAUCACAACUGUAAAUUACAUACAUUGUGGAUGCAUAAGUGUGGACUUACAAAGAGAUGCUGCAAAUAUCUUUCAUCGGCUCUUCAGUCUCAACACUGCAGUCUAAGACAACUGAAUCUGAGUUACAAUAAACUGGUAGAUACAGGAGUGAAACUGUUGUCUUCAGCCCUGAUGGAUCCCAGAUGUAAAUUACAGUCACUGGGGAUGGAGAAAUGUGAACUAACUGAAAGAUGUUGUGAAGAUCUGGCCUCUGUUCUGAUGUCACAGAAGUCUAAUCUAAGAUGGGUGUAUCUAUGUGGGAACAACCUGGGGGAAUCAGGAAUGAAACUGCUGUCUAUAGCUCAAAGAAGUCACUACAACAAGGUUUGAGUACUUCAAAAGUCCGAGACAAGGGUAGUCAGGAAGAUGCCUGUAGAUCCGUUGAUGUCUGAAACACCACACGUCUGUAGAUCAUCACAAGUCUGUUGAUUAAAGAUGUGAAAAAACCCUACAGAUGUUUGUUAAACAAAACAAUUUGACUGUUAACUGAAGCUUUGUACUGCCUGCCAGGAAGGAAGACAGUUGUCCUGCCAGGUCAGUCAGACAAACAGCCACACUGCUGACUGUGGAAGAAGAGCUUGUUAUUCUUGUUAUUCAGCAAUUUUGUCUUACUACAAUUUACCACAUCAAUUAGUCAGGCUUUGCCAUACAAUAAGGAUUUGACUUUUUUUUUCUCAUUUGAGAGAAACAUUGAUUUAUCUGAGGCCUUAUAAAUUAUACAGACAGCUUGCUUUAGCCAAUUUAUACUUUCCAAGAUACAACAAGGCUCUUUUUCUAAUCACAUGAUUUACAACAUUUCAACCCAAAAAUAGAAAAUCAGAAAUAAUCACUUCCAACAAACUGCACUUUUUAAGAAACUUCUGUGAUAGAGAAAACAGACAAAUGCAUCUUGAAAUCACCAACAUACAAAAAAAAGAUGAUACCAUUUGUUUUUACCAUUCUGUUGGUGUCGAGUAAUUUAUAGUAUGUUAAUACAUAAUAGGUAGAAAUUUAACCAAUACUAUGGAAAUUCAGAAUUCACUUGUAUAAGUAAGCAAAUAAUUGCUGAGAUUAUUCUUUCAUCUUAAAGAGCAUUUUACAAUACAAAUGGGGAAGCAAACAGCAUUAUCCUUGCAACAAGCAAUGUUAAAGGAAUUAAAAUUUAGUAAAGAAGUUAAUUCCACAAGAAAUUACAUCACUUAGAUUAUGAUAUUGAUUAUGAAAGGAACAAGUAAUAGGUUU